AUGGCAGAUUUCUUGGGUAUUGUGGCCAUCGUCUUCUUCUACGUGCUCAUUUUGAUUGUUGGAAUUUGGGCGGGACGGAAAUCAAAGGUUUGUGAUGUGUGGUGACGUCAUUUUGAACUUGGGAUCUUUUUGGGGCUAAAAAUAAAAAAAAAUGCAAAAAAAAAGUUUGCGCCGGCGCGGGAUCGAACCCAUGACCUAGUGAACAAAAGACGCGUGUGUUAACCGCUAGGCCACGCGGCAACUUUUGUGCAGUAGGCAAAAAUGUCGCAUAUAAAAUGCGUGUUUCAGAGCAACAAAGAACUGGAGUCCGAAGGAGCUGGCGCCCAAACAGAAGAAGUGAUGUUGGCUGGAAGAAACAUCGGAACCCUUGUUGGAAUCUUCACAAUGACAGCAACUUGGGUUGGAGGAGCCUAUAUAAAUGGAACUGCUGAAGCAUUAUAUAACGGUGGAUUAUUGGGAUGUCAGGCACCGGUUGGAUAUGCGAUAUCAUUAGUUAUGGGAGGAUUGUUGUUUGCGAAGAAGAUGAGAGAAGAGGGCUAUAUUACGAUGUUAGAUCCAUUUCAGGUGAGAAAUUCUAAAAGCCCUAGCUUUUCUUCAAAAUUUGGGAGAAAUUUUGAAUUUUUCCUCAUUCGCGGCAAGAAAUUCAAAGUGCGCUCUAUUGAAAUUUUAUUUGAAAGAGAAUUUGAAUUUUCGAAACUCCCGGGCUGAAAUUUGAAGUGCGCUCUAUUGACACUUUAAUUUCCGAGAAAAUUUGAAUUUUCCAAAUUUCCGGGUUGAAAUUUAAAGUGCGCUCUAUUGACACUUUAUUUGAAUUUUCCAUUCGCGGAAAGAAAUUCAAAGUGCGCUCUAAUCUUCUCAAUUUUCAGCACAAAUAUGGUCAAAGAAUCGGCGGUCUGAUGUAUUUGCCAGCACUUCUUGGCGAAACAUUUUGGACAGCUGCGAUUCUGUCAGCAUUGGGUGCAACACUGUCAGUUAUUCUUGGAAUUGAUAUGAACGCAUCGGUCACUUUGUCAGCGUGUAUUGCUGUUUUUUACACGUUCACUGGCGGAUAUUAUGCGGUCGCUUAUACUGAUGUUGUUCAGCUUUUUUGUAUUUUUGUUGGAUUGGUGGGUUAUUAGAAAAUAUUUAAUGCAGUCAUUCACGAAAUGAAAAAAAAACGUUUUUUAACGUCAAAAAAACCAAUAAAGUGAUUCACAAACGGUAUUUUUAUUCAUUUUUUCACCAUUUUCUCAACACAUUGAAUAAACGUGAAGCUAAAACGCAUUUUAGUGUCCAGAAAUGCUAUUUAAAGACCUUCUCAUUACAUGAAAUAGUCGAAAAUCAACAAUUUGAUUUUGAAGCAUAGAUUUUGAAACCUCUUCCAGGGAAAUUUUCGAAAAGUUAACACCCCUAACCAACUUUUUGUGGGUUUUUGGCCUCUGAAGCCAUAAAAUUCUCCGAAAUUUUCAAAAGUUAAGGGUCCUACGGAGUCCCAGUUUAUGUAUGGACCUUCUAAUCAGCCUAAAAGACAAAUCAAGCCUCACAUCUCCCAAAAAAUGAAAUUAGUGAUUUUCGAAAAUCAACAAUUUGAUUUUGAAGGCUUGAUUUGUCUUUUAGGCUGAUUAGAAAGUCUUGAAAUAGCAUUUUUAAACACUAAAAUACGUUUUAGCUUCACUUUAUUCAAUGUGUUGAGAAAAUGGUGGAAAAAAUGAAUAAAAAUAGCGUUCGUGAAUCACUUUUUUUUGGUUUUUUAAACGUUUAUUUCGUGAAUCACUGCAUGAAUACAUUCAAACCUCACAUCAAAAUAUCCCUAUCCUUUUUCAGUGGGUCUGUGUGCCAGCUGCAAUGGUUCACGAUGGCGCCAAAGACAUUUCUCGAAACGCUGGCGAUUGGAUCGGAAGUGUUGGUGGAUUCAAAGAAACUGCUCUCUGGUGGGAUUGUAUGCUCCUUCUGAUUUUCGGCGGGAUUCCAUGGCAAGUCUACUUUCAACGAGUUCUCUCUUCGAAAACCGCACACGGCGCACAAACUUUGUCAUUUGUCGCUGGCGUUGGAUGUAUUUUGAUGGCGAUUCCACCGGCGUUGAUUGGUGCGAUUGCAAGGAAUACUGGUGGGUGACAAAAUAAAGAUCCGAAAUUAAGCUACAAUAAGUUCUAGAUUGGAGAAUGACUGAUUACUCGCCUUGGAAUAAUGGCACAAAAGUGGAAAGUAUUCCACCGGAUAAGAGAAAUAUGGUGGUUCCACUUGUCUUCCAAUAUUUGACACCAAGAUGGGUGGCGUUUAUUGGACUUGGUGCGGUAUCAGCAGCUGUUAUGUCGUCAGCUGAUUCGUCAGUAUUAUCAGCUGCAGCAAUGUUUGCGCAUAAUAUUUGGAAACUUACAAUUAGACCACAUGUAAGUUUACAAUUUAAAAAUAACAUUUUGAGCAAGUUAGUUGCAAUAUUUGGUUUUAAUUGUGUUUAUAGGAUAGGUCUAAGACAAUUGAAAUUAUAUAAUUUUUUUAUGACUUUAGGUUACCCAUUACUGAUUUAGGGAAGGUUAACCGAUAAAUCGAGUCUAAUUCAUGACUUUACCUUUAAUUCUGGACGUUUAGACUCGUUGUCAAACGAGAACGAGUAUAAACGUUCGUGAAAAAUUAUUAUUAGACUCGAUUUAUCGAUUACCCCCCGCCCCUAAAUCACUUAUGAGUUACGUAAAGCCAUAAAAAUUAUAUCAUUCGAAUUGCCUUAGGCCUGCCUAUCUUUGAAUAACAAUUUGAACCAAAUAUGUCAACUAAAUUGCUCACAAAAUGUCAUUUAGCAAAUCCCAAAAUCAUUUCUUAUACUCAUAGAAAUACUUUCAGGCAUCCGAGAAAGAAGUGAUCAUCGUUAUGAGAGUUGCAAUCAUUUGUGUUGGUAUAAUGGCAACAAUAAUGGCUCUAACAAUCCAAUCAAUUUAUGGUUUAUGGUAUCUUUGUGCUGAUUUGGUUUACGUCAUUCUAUUCCCCCAACUAGUUUGCGUCGUUUACAUGCCUCGAAGUAACACCUAUGGUUCGUUAUCCGGAUAUUUCGUUGGUCUAAUUCUUCGACUCGCUGGCGGCGAACCACUUUUAUCAUUCCCCCCAUUUUUCCAUUAUCCAAUGUACACUGAUGGUGUUCAAUAUUUUCCAUUUCGAACAUUUGCAAUGCUAUCUUCAAUGUCGACGAUUUAUUUCGUUUCUAUACAAUCGGAGAAACUUUUCAAAUCUGGAAGAUUGUCACCUGAAUGGGAUAUUCUUGGUUGCGUCGUGAAUAUUCCAUCAGAUCAUGUUCCACUGCCUUCCGAUGUUUCUUUUGCGGUUAGUAGUGAAGCCCUCAAUAUCAAGGUUAGCUUGAAAAAAUUUCUUAAACUAGAUCUAUAAAUAAAUCAAUCAUUUUCAGCCAGCAAAUGGAUCUCAUGCUCCAAGUUCUAAUGAGAAUACAAUGCUACAUCCAAACAGUGAAACUCUUCAUAAUUACAAUUCAACUUCCUAA